AAUAAGGGGUUUAAGCAGUUUUUUUCUUUCAAGGGGGUUUUGUCCAUUUUACAGAGAGAGAAAAACAGAACAAAGCAGCAGAAUUUAGGAGAGAAAAAUUCUGUAGAAAUUGAUAUAAAAUUCAUUUAUUCUUUUGUAUUUGAUCGUUGCUUCGGCAGUGAAGUGAAAUCUGGGGGUGAGGCGCCUUUGUGUUUGAUAAAUCUACAUCUUUAUGUUUGCUGAGUUAUCAUUUGUAUGCGAUUGUGAGAUAUGAAGUUGAAGAAGGGGCUUGAUCAUGGUCUUAAUGGAUUCCACGUUGCCACUAUUCCCAAGGCUCCCCGAUCAAACAGGAGAAGGGCAGUUCAACAUAUGAAGACAGAUGAGGAUGAUGGGAUCUGUCCUUUUGAAUUGUUGGCUUCUUUAGCCAGAAAAUUACUGCAGGAGUCUGAGGGUUCCAGUGCUUCAAGUAAUGCUUCUGGAAAGGAUCGCACUGCCAUUGAUAAAGAUGCUAUUAAAGAUGGAUGUCAAUUUGAAGAUAAACCAUUGAAAAAAGAAUGCCUUGAGUUGGGAAUCUCUGAAGUGAGUGCAGUCGUCUCUCAGUCAGCGUCACAAAAUUGUGACUACAAGCGCUCAUUAAAUGAGUUCCCACUUCCCAAAGAUGAUGACAUCUUGGAACACACUUCAAAAGUUAUUGAUUCUGGUUUCUCAGGCAAAGUAGGUGGUAAUGCAAUUUACAAAAGUAAUAUUAUAAAUGUAAGUCUUCCAAGUAAAGUGGAGGGAGGCUCCCCAAAUUUUAGGGAGUCAUUUUAUGAUGGCAUGGAGAAUGUGGUUGAGCAACAGCUGGAGACUAAAGGUAUGGAGAAAGGAGGUCUGAAUAGAGCAGAAACAAUCUGUUCAAGGGAUCCAACAGAACUACGAAUGACAUUUCCAUUGUUGAUCAAGUCUGACAGAGAUGUCAAAUUGCCACCAUGCAGGAACUCUGUUCCUAAUUUCCUGUUUUCAAGGCAUAGGAAUGCCUAUAAUAAGUUAGCUGUUAGAGAUUAUGACGAUAAUUUAUCUAGAACCAACAAAGUUAGCAACAAGUUAAAGGUAUAUAGGCCAGUGACACUUAUUGGAGACCGAAGAAUAAGGAAGUUGCGAACGUCUAAAUACUGGAAAGUAGCUCCAAAAAGGAAGGACUUAGAAUUUUCUAGAGCUGAUGGUGGAGUAAAACCUCUAUAUUGCAAGAGGAAAGCUUACAACCAUGAGAGAUGUCAGAAUGAUGCUCUUCGUAAGAGGAGGAAAUUUCAUGAUCGCAACUCAGUAGAUACUUUUGAUGGGGGAUUCAGCAGUGAAAGUGUUGCAAAUUCUCCUGAGAAGGGGAGGAAUGGAGACAAAAGAUGCGUAUCCUCAAUAUCCCAUGGAGCAAGUGGGGUGACAUCUUCAGUUGCAGUUCGUCAAGCAUCUCUCCACUCCAAGGAUUCUAAUGUUAAGUUCAGCAUUAAAUCCUUCAAGGUUCCUGAGAUAUUUGUAGAGGUCUCAGAAACUGCUACUGUUAGUUCACUAAAGAGGACAGUAAUGGAUGCAGUGACUGCUAUACUUGGUGGUGGACUGCAUGUUGGAAUACUUCUUCAUGGGAAGAAGAUUAGAGAUGACAACAGAACUCUGUCACAAACUGGUAUAUCUUCUGAAGAUAGUCUGGAUACUCUGGGAUUCACUUUAGAGACCAGUACUGUGCAGGUCCCCCCAUCUCUGUGCUCUGCUGAUCCUCCGCUUUUGUUACCAUGUGUUAUACCCCAACCUGCACCAAGGUCUCCAGUGACUCCUACUUUAGAUUCAGCUAUUCAUAAUGCCUUACCUGACCCUUCUCCUACCAGUGAAGACAACCAUGUAGAAAGAAAUCAUGAAGCGCUGAUCCCCCACACUGACUUAUUAACUGACAUGACUUUGCCAGAUUCCAGAGCUAUAGUUGCUGUUCCAACAAUUAAAGUUGAGUCACUAGCUGUUGUUCCUGUAAACCAGAAAAUUAGGCGAACUGACAUUGCACAACGUCGAACCAGGAGACCAUUUUCUGUAUUAGAAGUAGAAGCACUAGUGCAGGCGGUCGAGGAACUUGGAACUGGGAGGUGGCGUGAUGUCAAAUUGCGAUCUUUUGAGAAUGCAGAUCAUAGGACUUAUGUGGACUUAAAGGAUAAAUGGAAAACACUGGUUCAUACUGCACGAAUUUCUCCUCAGCAAAGAAGGGGAGAGCCUGUACCCCUGGUGUUGUUGGACAGAGUCUUGGCUGCCCAUGCAUACUGGUCUCAGCAUCAAGAAAAACAGCAAGGCAGGCAUCAGCCUGGAAUUCUGAGAAUUGAAGCCUAGACUGGGGAAGAUGGAGUACCUGCUAUCUAAUUGUGAUGAUGUAAAAAGAAAGGUAAAUUGUUGACAGGAACAGUGAAAAAUGAAAACUGUACAAAAUUUAUUCAAAUUUAUGUAAUGUUCUCACACUCACGUGAUUCAUGGCCGACUAUGGCGUUAAGUUUAACAUUUGUAAAUGAUUUGGUGAAAUAAGAUCAUUCUAACCAAACUCAUGGUGUUAUUUUUUAUUUAAUUUAUUCAAUUGGUGUAAUUCAUAUUUGUUGAACUUUUGAGGAAUGAAGAAUUAGAAAAGCUAAUGCAGUUUUACCUUCUUUUUAA